UCACUGUGUUACUAAGUGGAAGUGUCCUGCUUGUACCUCUGCACUGGCGAUCAUGACUCCCAACCUGGCUCUCUGCUUCAUCCUCCUCAUACAGCAAGUGGCGUCUCAGAGAUGCCCGUCCCAAUGUGACCAGUGUCCCGAGGAACCACCCAGCUGUGCACCCUCUGUGCCACUUAUACUGGAUGGUUGUGCCUGCUGCCCGGUGUGUGCCAGACAAGAGGGAGAGAGCUGCUCUGAGCUGCACCCCUGCCAAGAGGACAAAGGACUUUACUGCGAAUUCAAUGCAGAUCCCAGGACAGAGGCUGGCACCUGUAUGGCUCUGGAAGGCAACAGCUGCGUCUUUGAUGGGGUGGUAUAUCGGAAUAGAGAGAGCUUCCAGCCGAGCUGUAAAUAUCACUGCACUUGUCUGAAUGGCCAUAUUGGCUGCGUGCCCCGCUGUAACCUUGACCUGCUGCUUCCCGGCCCAGACUGCCCUUUUCCAAGGAGGGUGAAGGUGCCCGGAGAGUGUUGUGAGAAGUGGGUUUGUGAUUCCAAAGAGGAGAUGGCGAUUGGUGGCUUUGCCAUGGCUGCUUACAGACCAGAAGCAACUCUUGGGAUAGAUGCCUCCGACACGAGCUUUGCGUGUAUCGCCCAGACGACAGAAUGGAGUGCUUGCUCCAAGACAUGUGGAAUGGGUGUCUCCUCUAGGGUGACCAACCGCAACGCUCGCUGUGAGAUGCAGAAACAGAUCCGCCUGUGCAUGGUGAGGUCUUGUGAAGAGGAGCCUGGAUGGCACGUUGAGAAGAAAGGGAAGAAAUGCGUGCGAGUAAGAAAGACAACCAAACCCAUCCACUUCCAUUACAAGAACUGCACCAGCGUCCAGCCGUACAAACCCAAGUUCUGCGGUCAGUGUAGCGACGGGCGUUGCUGCACUCCUCACUCCACCAAGACCAUGCACGUUGAGUUUGUGUGUCCUCAGAAACGGAUCGUCAAGAAACCAGUCAUGGUGAUCAGUACUUGUGUCUGCCAUUACAACUGCCCCCAGGACAGCAGUCUGCUUCAGGUGGAGAACGCGAGGUUUCCUGGGCUGAAAACCAAUUUAUAGGUUCUUUAAGAGUCUUGAAGACUAUGGGUUGGGCCUUGAUAUUAUAAAAACUUCUCCGAAUGGGCAGGACCUUAAAUCAGGUCUUUGACUGGUUUCUAACCAAACUGAGGAACAGAACUAUUCUCCCACUGAGAUGUUUCACACCCAGAACACUGAGAGGUAUUGUAUGUGUAUAUCCCCAAAUCAAUCCUCCUUUUGCUGAUAUACUCCACUGUGCCUCUGACUCGAGCAGAGCUGGGAUCAGUUCUGAUCAGGGUGUUAUUAGUAAAGUGAAACAAACAUUUUGCUUGGACCUUGAUGGGACUGAACUUAGAACUUGCGUGUGGUUGGGAAAUUGUAGACUAAUCUCUACUGGAGGUCCGGCUGCUGUUCUGGCAGCCCUGCUGAUUGUAACCAUAUAGCUAUGCCGGCAGCUCCAUGGCAAAUAACUAGCUGUGCCGGCAUCCCAGUCCCGUUGCAUAUAACUAGCUGUGCCGGCAGCCCUGCUGAAUAUAAAUGCAUUACUUUGCUGGUAACCCUGUUGCAUAUAGCUGUGUCGGCAGCCCCAUUACACAUAGGGGAGAGCACUGCUGAUCUAAACUGCCAAUGAAAAUUGUAAAUACUCUAAUUUAUAAUCAAUAACUAUUCAAUGCUUUAUUUUUUUUGUAUUGUGUUUUGCACGGCAUUGCGUGUGGGUAAGAGUCUCAUCUCAUGCAGAAAAACAUUCAUAUCGUUCCAAAUGUGUGCACACCUGUUAAGCUGUAAAGGGGAACGUCUCUUUUUGCGUGAUUUUUUUUUUUACUACCUACAAUCAAAUGUGUUUUGCAUUCAGAACUUUUAAAAAAUGUUAUAUUCAUUUUUAUUAUAUAACCCCCAUAGCACUUUGUGAUCUUGCUUGCUUUGCCAUAGCUCAUUUGGUUGGAUGCAAAUGCAUUUUUGAACAUAUUCAGGGUAUUGGCGGUUUUUACACUUCGUUAAUAGUGAUGGGCGAAUUUAUUCCGCCAGGCGAGAAUU